GUUUCUUCAUUCUUUCUUUUUUCUUAAAGAUACCUAUUUAACAAUUUUAUACAAUGGUGAUUGCCACUAAUCUCGGUUUCCCUUACGUUGGUGCUAAACGUGAACUUAAAAAGUCCGUUGAAGCUUACUGGUCUGGAAAGAUUUCUGCUGAAGAGCUCAAGCAAGCCUACCAAAGCAUCCAACAAAGCCAAUGGAAGUUGCAAAAGGAGCAAGGCAUUGAGCACAUUCCUUCUGGUGAAUAUACGCUCUAUGAUCGCGUUUUGGAUACUGCUCAUCAAUUUGGUGUGAUUCCCACUCGUUAUCAAGACAUCAAGGACCCUCUUCAACAAUUCUUUGCUAUGGGUCGUGGUCUUCAAAAGGCUGCUACUGAAACAACGGAAAAGAUUGAUGUGCCUGCUCAAGAAAUGAAGAAAUGGUUCGACACCAACUACCACUUUAUCGUGCCUGAAUUUGAGCCUUCGCAAACAUUCACUCUUCGAGACAACGCACCUGCAGUAGAACAAUACAAUGCAGCCAAGGCACUUGGCAUCCAGACACGCCCUGUCCUCAUCGGUCCUGUCACUUUCCUUCACCUGGGUAAGACAGCCAAGGGCUUUGACGAAUUCGACACCAUCACACUUCUCCCCAAGCUUUUGCCUGCUUACAUUGAGCUCUUGAAGCAACUCGAAGCAGCUGGCGCUGAAUGGGUCCAAAUCGAUGAACCUGCUCUCAUUCUUGACUUACCUCAACAGGUGGUCGCUGCGUUUGAGGAAGCCUACAAGACGCUCAAGGCCGCUACCUCUCUCAAGACGCUCGUGGCUGCUUACUUUGGACGCGUCGAAGGAAACAUCAAGGGUCUCCUGCCUCAUGUCGAUGCUGUGCAUCUGGACCUUGUCCGUGCUCCUGAGGAGCUCGAUGCCAUCUUGCCUCUGUUGAAUGAUAAGCAAAGUGUGUCUCUGGGUCUUGUCGAUGGCCGUAACAUCUGGAUCAACGAUCUCGGCAAGUCUAUCCAGCUCGCUGAAAAGGCGGUCCAAGCCUUGGGCCAAGACCGCGUCUUCAUUGCGCCUUCCUGUUCUCUUGCUCACUCCCCUUACUCUACUGUCUAUGAAAAGAAGAUUGGUGCCGAAAACGCCGAGCUCUUCCGCUGGUUGUCCUUUGCAGUGGAAAAGACCAAGGAAAUCGCAGUGAUUGCACAAGCCGUGAACCACGGUGUGGACUCUGUCAAGGAGGCGCUCAGUGCCAACGCUGCUGCUCUUGAAUCACGUCGUACGUCUGCGUUGACGACACAGCCUGCUGUCCGUGAGCGCACCAGCAAGAUCCCUGCGGAAGACUGGAAGCGUCCUGACGUUUUCGCUGUGCGCCGCGAAGCGCAAGUCAAGAAGUUGAAUCUGCCUCUCUUCCCCACCACGACGAUUGGUUCUUUCCCUCAGACCAAGGAGAUCCGUGUCGCUCGUCAAAAGUUCAACAAGGGAGAGCUUUCUGCUGCCGACUACGAUGCGUUUAUCAAGCAAGAAAUGAAAAAGAUGGUCGCGUUGCAAGAAGAGCUUGGAUUGGAUGUGCUUGUGCACGGUGAACCCGAGCGUAAUGACAUGGUGGAGCACUUUGGUCAUCUUCUCCAUGGGUAUGCCUUUACUGAAAACGGCUGGGUCGUCUCUUAUGGUUCUCGUUGUGUCAAGCCUCCUGUUAUCUUUGGCGAUGUGUCGCGCCGCGGCCCUAUGACGGUGGACGUCAUUGCUUACGCCCAAAGCCUCACUCAAAAGCCUAUGAAGGGUAUGUUGACAGGACCUGUGACGAUGAUGAAGUGGUCGUUUGUGCGUGACGAUCUUCCUUUGAAGGAUGUCUGCACCCAAAUUGCUCUUGCUCUCCGUGACGAAGUCGUCGAUUUGGAAAGCGCGGGUAUUCCUUGCAUCCAAGUGGAUGAACCUGCUAUUCGUGAAGGUCUUCCUAUUCGCCGUGCUGAUUGGGAUGCUUACUUGGAUUGGUCUGUUGCUUGUUUCCGUCUCUCCACCUCUGGCGUUCGUAAUGAAACUCAAAUCCAUACGCACAUGUGCUACUCUGACUUUAACGAUAUCUUUGAUGCCAUUGCCGCUCUUGACGCUGAUGUAUUGACGAUUGAAAACUCAAAGUCAGAUGAAAAGUUAUUAAAGAUCUUUGAAGUCAAGAGUUAUCCUAACGAAAUUGGUCCCGGUACUUAUGAUAUCCACUCUCCUCGCGUUCCUCCAGUUGAACAAGUCAGAGAAAAGGUGGCUGAUAUGCUCAAGUACAUCAAGCCUGAAUUAUUGUGGAUUAAUCCUGAUUGUGGUUUGAAGACGCGUGGAUUCCCUGAAACGGAAGCUUCUCUCAAGAACAUGGUUCAAGUAGCCAAGGAAUUCCGUGCUCAAUAUGCUCAAUAAACCACCGUCGCGCACACUCCCCGCCUCCCCCUCUCUCUCACCCUUUUGUAGAAAAAAAAAGUUCAACACUGUAUACCUCAUUCUCAAGCCCUGCUUAUAUUUUUACAUACAAGAUACCUCACUAGUAUCUUGGUUCAACACUUUUUGUAUUAUAUAAUUAAAAGAAUUUUGCUUUUUUUUGCAAUGACAAUGCACACUCUAUUAUUCGGUUUCCAUUUUAAAUC